ACCAGAUUGUACCUUCUCCUCCGCUGAAGAUAACGGGAUUUUCUCCACUGCGCACCGGCGCCGGAGCUUCCAUCCAGCCGCUCCAACUGGCUUUGCGUCUUUUUCCCUUUUGUCUUGAGUUUGUGUUUUUUGGACACUGGAAACUAACUUCAUACACGGAUUAUUGGAGCUUGCAUUGGGACUAAGGAGCUCUCUGACAGACAGCCUGCCUCUUCUCUCACGUCAGGUUGGUUACAUAUGGCAUUUUUACAGAGGAUGCAGGGUGAAGAGCCCCAGGCGAGGCUCCUAGAUCCUGACCAAAGAAAAGAGGCAUGAACAUGAAGCUGCUAUUUCACCUCGAGUGAAACCGGGUCUGACUGGCACCACAAGAGACACUUCCUCAUUACACAAAUUAGACCAACUGUGCCAAUGGAUUUUUGACUGCAGUUCAUUUUGAUGUAAACAGCCAUGGCAGAGAGGACCUUUAGACAGAGCCCAGUGUUCUGGAGCGAGCAGUGAGAGCUUUGGCAGUGGCCUGGCCUAUGUAAGGUAAUGAGAUUCGCUCCAGGGAACAAGUGGUGGCCAAGAGUCUUGCAUUGCAAAAACAUAGUAUUUAAGCAUUUCUUGUAAAAUGCACCUGUUAGCUCUGGUGUGCCCAUCUAGACAGGCUAAUUCCUAACGUCCUUAAUUACUGGAAAGAUAAAGUCAGAUUGAACCUAUUUAAUUUAGACUUCCUGUAGUUAGUGAUUCCAUCAUGGUCCUCCAGAAGCCCAGUGGUACCCAUGUUCUGUGGGUGGCCCUUGUAGUGUGUUGUUUGUUGGAGAUGAGUUCUUGUUUGGAGUUCUCUGGAGCUGAGGGCCAGUGGGCCAGAUUUCCCGUGUGGAACGCCUGCUGUGAGAGCGAGAUGAGCUUCAACAUGAAAACCAAGAGCUCCCAGGGGCUCCUGGUGUACUUCGAUGACGAGGGAUUCUGUGACUUUUUAGAGCUGCUCAUAGUCAACGGUAAACUCAGCCUUCGCUUCUCCAUCUUCUGUGCUGAGCCCGCCUCCAUCCUGUCCGACAUUGCGGUCAACGACAGCCAGUGGCACAGCGUGACAAUACGGAGAAACUUUAAGAACACCACUCUGGUCGUGGACAGUGAGGUGAAGUGGGUGGAGGUGAGGUCGAAGCGGAGGGACAUGACCGUGUUCAGUCACCUGUUUGUUGGGGGUAUACCUCCGGAGUUACGCUCGGUCGCCCUGAGGCUCACGUCUGUGGUGGUGAAGGACCAGCCUCCGUUCACGGGGUGGAUAACCAACAUCACAGUCAACAGCACCGAGGCCCUGCUGGUCAAUAGUGAGGGAGUCCUGCAGGAUGUGUGUGGUACUGCAAACAUGUGCUUAAACGGAGGAGUGUGCAGCCUGAUCAACGAUGAGCCCACCUGCGACUGCUCCCACACCGGCUACCAGGGCAAGGACUGCAGUGAAGAAGACGACCCAAACGAAGGUCUGGCACACCUGAUGAUGGGCGACCAAGGGCAGAGAGGGGAAUCUUGGCUUCUCAGGUCCCUGCUGAGCAUUCAAGGUAAAGAAGAGUACGUCACCACCUUCAAAGGAUCCGAGUUCUUCUGCUACGACUUGUCCUUGAACCCCAUUCAAAGCAGCAGUGACGAAAUCACGCUGUCCUUCAAAACCCUGCAGAGGAACGGACUGAUGCUCCACACCGGCAAAUCGGCCGAUUACGUCAACCUGGCCCUGAAAAACGGAGCCGUGUCUCUCGUCAUUAAUUUGGGUUCUGGGGCCUUUGAAGCGCUGGUGGAGCCGGUCGCUGGGAAAUUUAAUGACAAUGAUUGGCAUGAUGUGAAAGUAACAAGGAAUCUCCGUCAGCACUCAGGCAUUGGACACGCUAUGGUAACGAUAUCCGUGGAUGGGAUUCUGACCACCACCGGAUACACUCAGGAAGACUACACCAUGUUAGGCUCCGAUGACUUCUUCUACGUUGGAGGCAGCCCAAGCACCGCUGACCUGCCUGGAUCUCCGGUCAGCAAUAACUUCAUGGGCUGCCUUAAGGAGGUUGUGUACAAAAACAACGACGUGAGGCUGGAGCUGUCCCGUCUGGCCAAACAGGGCGAUCCGAAGAUGAAAAUCCACGGCACCGUAGCUUUUAAAUGCGAGAACGUGGCAACCCUCGACCCCAUCACCUUUGAGACCCCCGAGUCUUACGUCAUCCUCAACAAGUGGAACGCCAAGAAGACCGGCUCUAUCUCCUUUGACUUCAGGACCACCGAGCCGAACGGACUGCUCCUCUUCAGCCAUGGAAAACCCAAGCAGCCGCCAAAGGACGUGACGCCGGUCAACCCCCAGUCUCUCAAAGUGGACUUCUUUGCCAUUGAGAUGUUGGAUGGACAUUUGUAUCUGCUGCUGGACAUGGGCUCUGGGACUACCAAGACGAAAGCGGUCAACAAGAAGGUGAACGACGGAGAGUGGUACCACGUGGACUUCCAGCGAGAUGGCAGAUCAGGUACCAUCUCCAUCAACACACUGCGCACAGCCUACACCGCCCCUGGGGAGAGUGAGAUCCUGGACUUGGAUGAUAACCUGUACCUUGGCGGGCUGCCUGAGAAUAAGAUGGGGCUGGUGUUUCCUACGGAGGUGUGGACCGCUCUGCUAAACUACGGCUACGUGGGCUGUAUAAGGGACCUGUUCAUCGAUGGACAGAGUAAGGACAUCCGACGCCUGGCUGAGGUGCAGAAGGCCGCAGGGGUCAAACCGUCCUGCUCCAAAGAGCCCAUGAAACAGUGCCUGAGUAACCCGUGUCAGAACAACGGCAUCUGCAGAGAGGGAUGGAACCGCUACGUGUGCGACUGCUCUGGGACGGGAUACCUCGGACGCUCCUGUGAGAGAGAGGCGACCAUCUUGAGCUAUGACGGCAGCAAGUUCAUGAAGGUGCAGCUGCCCGUGGUCAUGCACACGGAGGCCGAAGACGUCUCCCUGCGUUUCCGUUCCCAGAGGGCGUACGGCAUCCUCAUCGCCACCACGUCCCGGGACUCUGCCGACACCCUGCGCCUGGAGCUGGAGAGCGGACGAGUGCGGCUCACUGUUAACCUAGAUUGUAUCAGGAUUAACUGUACCUCCAGCAAAGGCCCAGAGACUAUAUUUGCGGGUCAGAAUUUGAACGAUAAUGAGUGGCACACUGUGAGAGUGUUCAGGAGGGGAAAGAGUCUCAAACUGACCGUGGACGACCUGCCGCCUGUGGAAGGUCAGAUGGCGGGCGACCACACUCAGCUGGAGUUCCACAACAUCGAGACGGGCAUAGUCACAGAGAAGCGUUUUAUGUCCAUGGUUCCCUCCAACUACAUCGGCCACAUCCAGAGCCUCUCCUUCAAUGGCAUGGCCUACAUCGAUUUGUGCAAAAACGGGGACAUCGAUUACUGCGAGCUGAACGCCAUGAUCGGAUACAAGAACAUCAUCGCAGACCCCAUCACAUUCAAGUCCCGCUCCAGUUAUGUGACGCUGACCACGCUGCAGGCCUAUUACUCCAUGCACCUGUUCUUCCAGUUCAAAACCACCUCGUCCGACGGGUUGAUCCUGUACAACAGCGGAGAUGGGAAUGACUUCAUAGUGGUGGAGCUGGUCAAAGGGUACCUCCACUAUGUGUCCGACCUCGGCAACGGAGCUCAUCUCAUCAAAGGCAACUCCAAUAAACCUCUGAAUGACAACCACUGGCACAACGUGAUCAUCUCCAGAGACACCAACAACCUGCACAUGGUCAAGAUCGACACAAAGAUCACCACACAGACCACCACAGGGGCCAAAAACCUCGAUCUGAAAGGAAACCUGUACAUUGGAGGUGUGUCCAAAGAGAUGUACAAAGAGCUGCCCAAACUGGUGCACGCCAAGGAGGGCUUCCAGGGCUGUCUGGCCUCAGUGGACCUGAACGGGCGCCUCCCAGACCUCAUGUCCGACGCACUGGACUGUGUGGGCCAGAUAGAGAGGGGCUGUGAAGGUCCCAGUACCACGUGUCAGGAGGACUCUUGUGCCAACCAGGGUGUGUGUCUGCAGCAGUGGGAGGGUUUCAGCUGUGACUGCAGCAUGACCACCUUUGGAGGCCCCCUCUGCAACGACGCGGGAACCACGUACAUAUUUGGGCGCGAUGGAGGACUCAUCACCUACACCUGGCCUCCAAACGACCGCCCCAGCACCCGGGCUGACCGUCUGGCCAUCGGCUUCAGCACCCACCUCAAAGAUGCCGUCCUGGUGCGAGUGGACAGCUCCUCUGGGCUCGGAGACUUCCUCAAGCUUCACAUUGAAAGGGGGAACAUCGCAGUUGUAUUUAACGUGGGCACAGACGACAUAAACAUAGAGGAGACGUCUAAGUUUGUAAAUGAUGGAAAGUACCAUAUAGUGAAGUUUACCAGGAGUGGUGGUAAUGCCACUCUGCAGGUGGAUGACCUGCCAGUCAUAGAGCGCUACCCCACAGGCAACAAUGAUAACGAACGCCUGGCGAUUGCUAGACAGCGAAUCCCAUAUCGACUUGGUCGAGUAGUUGACGAAUGGCUACUCGACAAAGGGCGGCAGCUUACCAUCUUCAACAGUCAGACCACUAUUCAGAUCGGAGGCUGGGAGCGCGACCGCAGCAGAUCCUUCCAGGGGCAGCUCUCGGGUCUGUACUACAACGGUCUGAAGGUCUUCAACAUGGCCGCCGAAGGGGACCCCAACAUUAAGAUCCAGGGCAGCGUGCGGCUAGUGGGAGAGUCGCCCUCCUCCAUCACUCCUCAGUCCAGCACCACGGCCAACCGCUCCGAGACCUCCACAUCCAUCAUGGAGAUCACCACGACAACCGCAUCCAGCCGCAGAGUCAAGCAGACCACGCCCCGGGAGCCACAGCAGACGACAGACGAUCUGUUGGUGGCGUCCGCUGAGUGUCCCAGUGACGAUGAGGACAUAGAUCCCUGUGAGCCGAGCUCAGGUGGGUUAGCCAACCCCACCGGUGCCAGCCCUAAAGGUUUCCCCGGACCAGCGGAGGUCUUCAGGGAGUCCAGCAGCACAACAGGGAUGGUGGUGGGCAUCGUAGCAGCCGCCGCGCUCUGCAUCCUCAUCCUUUUAUACGCCAUGUACAAGUACCGCAACAGGGACGAAGGCUCUUACCACGUGGACGAGAGCCGGAACUACAUCAGCAACUCGGCACAGUCUAACGGCACUGUCGUCAAGGAGAAACCGGUCAACACCGCAAAAACCUCGGGCAAGAACAAGAAAAAUAAAGAUAAGGAGUACUAUGUGUGAUACGAGGAACUUUCUAUACUGGAAUGACUUGACUCAAAAGACAAAUCAUGUGUACAGUAUAAACAAAGAUGAUAACACUAUUUAGUCAUUUAUUUCCUACGUCUUGGAAACUAAAUGAAGGGAAAUGACUUGAAGAGACUGUCUGAAAACUCUGGUUAGAAGUGAACAGAAGACCAAACAACAUUAUCCCAUAUGUUGCUUAGUUUGGCGUCACGAACAGCAUCAUCGAUCUCCUUUGCUCUUGGUACAAACAAGGGGGCACAGAUGCACUUUACAAAAAAGGGAGAUUCAGCAACUCAAUGUUUUCAUUUACAUUGCCUGUGUUUGUGUUGUUGAGACAUUUUUCUAGCCGAAGGAAAUAUUACAUGCAUAACUACGCCAAUCCGUGUUGGACUAAAAAAAAUAUGGGAGAGUGGAGAUCUAUGGAUGUCCAUGGGAUCAGCAGCUAAAAUACAGCCAGGAAAGACUUAGACUUGGCUGAGCUGCUGAGGUGGUACUAAGAUAAGACUGGGAUUACGGUUUCUUUCAAAAGACCACAUUUUAGAGGAACAAAAUGUCUAUUGUGCCAGUAAAGAAAUCUGGAUGCCUUUUCGUUUGAACUCCGAAUGGUGAGUUCUUUCAAUAAGUCCGGACAGAAGAGGAGGACGGGAGCCAGCCAUGCACGCAAAAUUAUCUUAAACCAGUACAUAUGUUUAUAUACAGUACAACCACCAAUCUAUAUGUGCUUUCUGGACUGUGACAAAGUGGUGUUUUAUAGCCUGUUGUAUAGAUGAUGCAAAACUAUAACUGCUCCUCGGACCAUUUCUUUUGGAAUAAAAUGGAUAAAACGUGGACAAAAAGAGAACAUAAGUGUUAUUAAAUGUUGCUAGACAUAGACAAUUUUAUGAAGACAUCUGCAUAAAGAGUUUGGUUUUUCAGUUGGGUAUUUCCUCCUAUUUUUACAUGUGUUACUUAUAUCAUUUUUAUACAAAACAGUAGCCAACCCAGUUCCCGCCAAAACAAACUGCAAAAUGCUGAUAAAACAUGGAGAGGUAUGGCAAAGUUGUGUGGCUGUCUUUCAAAGGGAUUCUGGUAGAAAACACUGCCUUCCUCUGUAUCCCCUGGUGCAACAUGAGUGAGAGAAUGAAUGGAUGUGUGCUAAUGUGCAAUGGCUACACCCAGGCCAGCUCCAAAUAAGAGUCCAUUUCAACUGUUCUGUGUAUGUUCUGUCAUUCUGUCAGUCACUUCUGCUUUCCAGAGACCUGUGCUUGGAAUGAGUAUGAGGAAAAUGACCAUGAACUAUAAAUGACGAUUAUCAAGGCUCUUUGUUUGCUCAUUUUUUUCUUUACU